CGGGUUUGUGUAACUCUCCUCAAACCUGAGGGGAGCUCGGAGUGUUUGGUCAACGGCAGUGGUUCCUGGAAAAGAUCUGAAUCGUUUUAUAACCAAACCCAGCUGCGGUGUUUGCUGCGGGCUGCAGGCUGUGCGUGCGUGUGUCUGUGUCUGUCUGUGUGUGUGUGUGCGUCUGCAUGAGGUAGAAGGAGAGAAAGGGGUUCCUGUGCUUCCUUUUCCAAAAAGAGAGAUAGGGAGGGAGAGAGGGAGAGAGAAAAAAAAAGAAGUUUGGACUUGCUCUCCCCUUGACUCUUUUUUUAGGCAUGAACGGCGAGACCUGCGUUUCAUACGGCGAUAUGACAUCCAUGGAUUCAUAUUAUAGCCCCUCUGCUGCGCAAGGUAGGGAUCACCAGCCGGACCACUUCAGGACGUUCUCAGCUACUGACACCAAAUACAGCCCCACUGCCUUCCUGCCCGACAAAGGUCAGGGUUACGGAGAAAAGUCCCGGAGCCCCUUCCAGCAGGAGUGCCAGUCAUUGGAUGCGGCCGCAGCUGGGCAAGGCUCUUUCAGCAAAUACCACCUCUUCAUGCAGAGGUCUUCUUGCAAAACUCCCCCGCAGGAGGACAAACUGCACCAGGACAGAGGACACAACGGAGCGCUCAUCCCAUCCUACGGUAAAGACAGUUCACGUCUGACAGAUUCUGAUUUGGCGCCAGACUCUGACCCACCUGGAAUGGACACCAGAUACCUGUCUGUGAAAGAUCAAGGAGUGAAGACGGCCUCUGACAGGCCGUCGGGCACCGACUUAGCCAGCUCGCUGGACAAGGCUGACGGCAGUGAGAGCAACAAAGGCAAGAAGAGACGCAACCGCACCACCUUCACAAGCUACCAGCUGGAAGAGCUGGAGAAAGUUUUCCAGAAGACGCACUAUCCUGACGUGUAUGCCCGAGAGCAGCUGGCACUGAGGACUGAUCUGACUGAAGCUCGUGUGCAGGUGUGGUUCCAGAACCGGCGAGCGAAAUGGAGAAAGAGGGAGCGUUUUGGCCAGAUGCAGCAGGUCCGAACACACUUCUCUACUGCCUACGAGCUGCCUCUACUAGCACGUCCUGAGAACUAUGCACAGAUACAGAACCCCUCCUGGAUCGGUGGCGGCAGUGCAGCGUCUCCCGUCCCGGGAUGUGUUGUCCCCUGCGACACCGUGACUCCCUGUAUGACACCUCACCCCCACUCUGCCAGUGGGGUGUCUGAUUUCCUGGGCGUUCCAAGCCCUGGAGGUCACAUGGGACAGCCUCACAUGGGCAGCCUGUUUGGCGGAUCUCCUGGUAUGGCUGCGGGCAUCAACACCUAUGAUCUCAACAUGGACCCUGAUCGCAAGUCCUCCAGUAUUGCCGCUUUGCGUAUGAAAGCCAAGGAGCACAGCGCGGCCAUAUCUUGGGCCACAUGAGGGGCUGAUGGAGGACCUUGCUGACCCCUGAGAUGGCGAUGCUACCCCAGCAUGGAGGGUGGGGGACAACACCUUCAAAAAUGCUGCAAUGAAUUAAUUAUAUAAUGAAAAAAAAAAAAAGAUUUGAGAAAAACGAGUGAUGCCAUUUUCCAGCGCCUGUCCGGGGAGAAAGCAACCACCGUGUGUAAGCGUGCUGGGAGGCGAUGCUGUUCUGUACCAGGACACGCAGUGUAGUGAUGAAGAUAGGCAAAAUAAGAAAAUCUGAAGAAUUUCAGCCAAAUCCAUGCACUUAUUUGCUCAAAUCCAAACAUUUCUGUUUGUACAGUGCUUUCAGUGUCAGAUUUAGUUUGGUGCUAUUUUAUUUUUACUUUGUUAUUUAAAUUUUAGAGUGUUAUUGUUUGUUUUUUUUUUCACUCCCAUUCAUUUUUGGUGGUUUUGAUUUGACAAAAAGCUCAGCAAGCAUCCUUAUACAAAGCUGAUGUUAACAUUUAGCUGUUUCGUGCCAUGUACAGGCUUUUCUACAGCAAUCUUUAUCAACAUUUACUCAUUAAACUGAAGUUAAUGCUCGUGCACAUAGAAAAGCUUCAGUAAAACCAUCUGGCAGAUGGGUCAACUUCAACAAAAAUGAUAAAAAUAACCAGUGUGUUUUAGCGAACCAAAAAUGUAGAAGUGAUUCUCCCCUCAUAUGUAAGUUAAGUUGAUUAAAUGCGGUUUGCUUAAAUGUGGUCAGUUUGAAAGAUCCACCUGCUGCACUAACCCGUCCUGCAAAUGCCCACAGAGACAGGAAGAGAUGGAGGAAGAGGUGUGAGAGGAGCACAGCAGGUCUGCUGCUCUCUGGGCUGGAGAGCCUGGAAGUGCCGUUCUCCAAACACACGCAGGCCUGUUUUCAAGGGGACCGUCUCCAAAGGUGCACAUAACUCUACCCCGUCCAUUUCUAGACUCUCAGGCUUUGAGAAAAGAGGUGCCUACUUGUCAGUUAGAGUGCCAGGAAUAACAUAGAAAACCCACAGAAGCUUCCUUUGAAACACACGAGACUGUUGGGCAUUACUUAAUGUGUGUUUACCCUUUUUAAACCUUGGAAAGACGCCAGUGUUGAGCAGCGAAUUCUGGACAUUUCAGAUGGCUGACUUUUCUGUCAAAGUGGUUCAGUCGAGAAGAAGCAACACACAUGUUAAUUUUAUUUAUUUCUUCUUUCUUAUCUCCAUCUUCAGUCACUCUGAUGUCUCAUUGUACCACAAAAUAAAAAAAAACACUUUAAUUAUUUCUUACUGACAUCUUUACCGUCAGAUGGUCGACUGACGCACGGCUUUGAGGUCCCCACAUUUAUUGAUCAACUGCAGGUUUUUAGCCAUUCAAUUACAAAUUCAAAUUUCAACACCGUUACUUUAUAUGUGAUGUGAUAUUGUUUUCUGAAUCAGGAUUUGCCAGUUAGUUUUUGGCUCUUCAGAAAAAAAAGAAAAAAGAAAACCCAUACCGAUUCUCCCAAGUGAAGGGAGAUGAUCCUGAAAAGAAAAGCCCUCCCAACCCCCCUACCACCCAGCAUCUGGUCUGUGGCCAACGAAUGGAGAACAGAAUAUAAAACAUCUUCAGAAAAAGAUGCAAAUAAGUUACAAACUACAAAACUAGAAAACUUCACAUUCACACAGCACUAUUUUAGUCCAUGAAUAUAUUUACAGUUUAAUUUAAUGAGUCUGGGCAAUGCUUUUUCUGCACAAUCACACACAAAUGAAUGCAUCAGAGGUAACGUGGGGUUCAGUGUCUUUUCCCAUGACACUUUGACAUUUGGACUAUGCGGAUUUAAGCCACCGAUCAUCUGGCUGGUAGCCGAGUUACAGGCUCCUGGUUGGUUCUAACAUUUUGCUGCAGAUCCUUCAGCCAGUUUGAAGCGUAAUUUUUGUCUCUCUUCAGGUGCUUUCUGUUAAAGAUGUUUUAAUGGCUUACAAGAGUCCUUUUUGGAAAGGCACAUUCUAGUUUUUCCUUCAAAGGGUUAUCAAUAGGAUUUAGGCCAGGUCAACGUUAAACAGCUAAUCUUUUCCCAUCCAGUCAUCCUUUGUGCUGUUGUUUGUGUGUCUUGUGAUCAGAGAUCCAAGACCUUCAUCAAACAUUCGGUAUCUCAUUUUUUAUUUUUAUUUUUUAAACAGAGCCCCUCUUGAAUCAGUGUGUAGUGGAUAGUCCAGACUGAAAUCACCACCACUUAACGUCAUUCUUGGGGCUACGUCUUAGGAAGAGCUUCAGAGUUUUAUGAGCCCUUAAGCUCUUACGUGAAUGUAAUUUACCCUUUGGAGCUUUGGAGUUUCUUUGAAGAUACUAUUUCGGAUAUUUUGAAACAACUCUGUUAUGAGCUUCAUUUUUAGAAAGAAACAGAAAACUAUUCAAACUUUAAUAAUGCAAUAACACUUAUUCAACAAAUGUAUUUGUUA